GUGAACGAAAUGAGAGAUUCUUAGUUGUAAUGUAAUUAGGUUUUUGCUUUUUGAUGGGUAAAGAAGUUUUGGCGUUGCCUUUUAUGUGUAGAAUUUCGGUCGAAAACAUUCCACAGAGUCUGAGAAAGGCAAAAAGCAAAAAAGAGGAAAAGAGAAAAAGGAAAAAGAAAGCCACAAUUCCAAGCAAAUUCCAAAAUGCAAAACCGCCAUUUUACAUUAACAACAAGCACAGAUCAAUCACCUACUACUCUCUUUUUCCUCUUCUUCUUCCGCUCUCUAACUUGUUCAAUUACACUUUGAACACCCAAAAACCCAAUCACUCCAAAACCCUCUAAUUAAUUCUCUGGAUCAUACCCGAUUCUAGUGUUUUUUUUUUUUUUUUUUUUUUGUGUGUGUGUGUGUGUGUGUGCUUUUUCAAUGUGAUUUUUGUGGGUUUUCGACGCCCCAUGAGAUGAGCGCUUCAGUACUUUCAAAUCCCACUUUCCUGUUUCAUGCGUAACUGAAAGGCUUCAUCCCCUCAUGGCGAUUCGCGUAUACCAAGUCUGGAAAGGGAGUAAUAAGUUCAUUCUUGGUGGGAGACUAAUAUUUGGGCCUGAUGCUAGGUCGUUGCUUGUCACAAUACUUCUGAUUACAGUUCCAGUUAUUAUCUUUUGUGCAUUUGUCGCAAGACAUCUUCGACACAAAUUUUCAUCAUAUAAUGCAGGAUAUGCCACUCUGGUGGUCGCCAUUGUUUUUACUAUAUAUGUACUGGUACUUCUUUUCCUUACUUCAGCCCGGGACCCAGGAAUAAUCCCUCGCAAUUCACAUCCUCCAGAGGAUGAAAUCCGUUUUGACACUUCAGUAUCAGUCGAUGUUGGGGGAAGGCAAACUCCAAGUCUCCAGUUUCCACGGACAAAAGAAGUUAUUGUAAAUGGGCUCCCAGUAAGAGUAAAGUAUUGUGACACAUGUAUGCUAUAUCGUCCUCCUCGUUGCUCCCACUGCUCAAUUUGCAACAAUUGUGUGGAACACUUUGAUCAUCACUGCCCUUGGGUGGGUCAAUGUAUUGGACUGCGGAACUACAGGUACUUCUUUAUGUUUGUAUCUUCUUCAACGCUUCUUUGCAUGUACGUCUUUGCAAUGUCAGCAUUGUAUAUCAAGGUUCAGAUGGAUCAAUAUGAGAGCACUGUUUGGAAGGCAAUGAAAGAAUCACCUGCAUCAGUCAUAUUAAUGGCCUACUGCUUUGUCUCCCUUUGGUUUGUUGGUGGUCUAACUGGCUUCCAUUUGUAUCUUAUUGGCACUAAUCAGACAACCUAUGAAAAUUUCCGGUACAGAGCUGACAAUAGGAUCAAUGUUUUCAAUCGGGGUUGUGUGAAUAAUUUUCUUGAAGUAUUUUGCUCAAAAGUAGAGCCAUCAAGGAACAAUUUUCGAGCUUUCAUCCAAGAGGAGGUGCCAAGGCCGCAAGUUCUUCCUGAGUUGCCCCGUGCUGCAGCAGAUGACUUGGCUUCACAUCCACGGUCAAAAGUUGAAGACGAUCUUGAUAUAGGUGAAGACUUGUUGAAAAUCUCCCAGCGUCGUAACAUCGAUGAAAUCUCAGAGGACAUACGUAGUAGAGGGAGUAAUGGGCCACCUCUUAAUGCCCCAGAGACAGACCCUGUUUUGGAAUCUGAUCAUCAAGCACCAACAAUUCGAUCAGACCGGCAUUCAAGUUGGGGAAGAAGAAGUGGUAGCUGGGAAAUUGCAACUGAGGUCUUUGCCAACUCGAACGUGACUGAAAGCCGAGGUUACGUAACAUCAAAAGAGGCAUUUCAGGGAUAAUGUAUCACAAUUGAGUUGAAUUGAGUUUAGAUUGACGUUUCUUUUAGCUGGAAGGAAGCUCCUAUUUCUGGCACUUAAAAGAUGGGAAAGCUGCAAGAAUGAACAACAUAAUGUGAUGGGAAAGCAAAUGGAAUCCCAUUUAGGUACAAAAUUAUAUAAUUCUCUACCCCUAUUAUUGUUUCUUGUUCUUUUCUUAUUUUCUUCAUUUUGUCUAUGCUUGAAGAUCCAUCUAAUUUCUGAGAAAGGUAGAAUUGGUAUUGGAUGUAAUUGUUUGGAAUGAGCAGUGAUUUGGGUUGUCAAACAUUUUUUUUCCUCUUUCCUUAUUGGUAGUUUAUACUUUACAACAUUAUAUUCUGGCAUAUUCUCAAUUCA